AUGCAAGAUUCGUUGAAACUUUUAGAUUUUGUUACAACAUUUCAAGAUGUAAAAAUUUCUAAAAAUUCUAUCAUUAAAUUUGAUCCCAUUCAUGAUGCAUUUUGUGAAGGUAUCAAAAAGUUUAAAGAAAUUGGUUGUUUUGAAAAAUUUGAAAAAUAUUCUAUUGAAUUUCGGGAAAAUAUACUGAUAUCUAAUGAUCCUAGAAUAGAUUUUAGUAUUCUUUUAUUUUAUUUAUAUAAUAAUUUUUUACAAGAAAUCAAAAAUAAUAAUGAUGUAACAAAUGAGUUAUGUCUUUCAAUUGAACAAGAGAAAAUUUUAUCAAAAUCUUUAGAAUUUUUUUUCUCAGUUUCUGUAUUUCCAUGCUUGGAAAGUGGUGUUGGAAUUCCUAUUACAAAAUUAUUAAAAGUACCAGUAAAAGAAUGGAAAAAAUAUGGUAAUUUAACUGAAUGUAAAUUUAUAUUAAAAAGAUCAAUUGAAUUUUUAUUUAAACUAUUGGAAAGUAACAAAAAAAUUAAAUCUAUUGUUGUGGAUAAAUUUCUUGCAUUAUUUAUAUCUGCUAACGAGCAAUUAGUUUACUAUAAUAUCAAUGAUUUUGAAGAAAAUUACAAUGAACUUAUUGAAAAUACAAUAAGUAGUAUAUUUGUAUUUGAAGCUUUAUUUGCACAAUACACAAAUAAAGGCUCUCCAAAAUGGUAUAAAAUAUCUUGUGGAUUGAAAUUAUCAAAAUUUCUUUGUCGAAAAACGGGAUUAAUUAAUUUUUUAACAGCUAUUGAAAAUUUGACUGAGGCAAAAUUUUUUGAAAAUUCUGUCUGUAUGAAUGAAAUGGCAAAUCUUUUAGGUGCUUGCCCUUCAACUUUUUCUAUAGAUGAAUACUAUACAAAUAUUUUAGAACAAAUUUUUGAUCUUUUACUUUUUUCCCAAGAAUGGACUGUAAAAUUUAGAUUAAUGUUUGGUUUACUAGUCGAUAUUAUUUAUAAGAAAAAAAGUGAAAUAAUAAAUAAAUAUUUUGUUGGUUCAAUUUUAAAUCCUUGGAAAAGGCUUCUUGAAAAAGGCAUUCAAUUAGAUCAGGGAACUGAUACAGGGUUGUGGUCUCUGAAUAUAGAGAAAUCUAUUAUACUAUUGGAAACAUAUUUAAUCACUGGUAAAAGUAUAUUAAGAAAAAAACUUUGCAGUAAUUUAUUAAAAAGUGGUUACUUUUAUUUUUGGUUAAAUUUAACUUCUCAAUUAGAAGAUGAUUCAUUGUUAAAGAAUACAUUUAAAAAUAUAUUAUUUGGAAUUAUCAGUGACUUGGCAGAUAAUGAAAAAUGCAAACUUUUUUUUAAUUUACUAAUGAAAAAAGGUCAAGUAUCAUGUCUUAUUGACAAAUCGAAUUAUUUUAUAUUAAGUAGUUUUAAAAAAAGUAAUUUGUUAGAAUCAGAGAAAAAUGAUAAAUUUCGUUAUUCUGGUAUAUCAUUGAAAAUAUUAGAUUCAUUGCCUAUUGAAGAUGACAAAGGUUCUUCCAUUCAGAAAAUUUUUGACAACGUAAAAUUACUUUUUAAUAAUUUAGACAUACAGCUAAAACUUUUAACAAAGUUUCUUAAAGUUAUUAAUAUAACUAAAUUUGAAAAAACUUUACUUGUUCAAGAGGUCGAAGAUUCUAAAGAGAAGGAAACACGUAACAGAUUUGUUAAUAUAGAUGAAGUGCUUGAAAAUAAUGAAGAAAAAAUGUUUUCAUUGAUGUAUAUAUUAUCAAAUUUAAUGGAAUAUUUUAUAAAUAGUACUGAUAAAAUGAAAGAUUCCAAUACUUUAAUAAAUACAACAACAAUUGUCGAAAUUAUUGAAGUUCUUUGUAUAAUAAUAAGUAGAUAUAAUAGAAAAUUGGUGGAUUCUGGUUAUGAAGAAGAUGAAAAUUUAAAGUUUAGUAUUGCUGUUCUUGCAGCUAUUAUAUUAGUUGCUGAGGAUAACGAUGUAAUUAAGAAAUCAUUAAAUGAACUUAGAAGAGUAUUAAGGAAUUUUAUUAUCUUAUCAGAAAAAUUUGAAGAAUUACUAUCGUUAAGAGAUGAAGCAAUUGGAAUUAUUGAAAUUAUUUCAACUUUUCUUGGUGUUGAUGAAGUGGAUAUCAAAGCUAAUAAAUAUCAAUCACCUGAACAGAGUACAUUUAAAGAAAAAAAACGAGAUUUAUAUGAAGAAUGUUUAGAAGAUUUAAAAGAUGAACUAGAAGCUGUCAAGGGUCAUGGUUUAAUUGUGAUUGCUAGAGAAAUAAGAAAAAAAAAUCUUCAAUUUUUAAAAAAAGACCGUCUUCAAUUGUUGUUUGAUAUUGUUCCUGAUUAUGUAAAAGAUCAUGAAAGUUAUGUUUUUCUAAGUGGUAUUUCUGUAUUGGCAGAGAUAGCCUAUCUUCAACCAGAUCCAUAUUUGUUUAAUUUAAUUGAUAUGUUUGCCAAUUACAAAGACAAAGAUAAUGUUGAAUUUCGUGGAAAACUUGGUGAAGCUAUAGCGAAAGUUUGUAAACAAUUAGGCUCCCUUGCUCCAUUGUAUUUUGAUAGAAUAUUAGGUAUAUUUUUGAAGAACUUUAAAGACGAGGACGAAAUUAUAAAGGCUUCAUCUUUAAAUGCUUUAGCUGAUCUUAUAUGUGCUUGUAAAGGAAAAAAAUACGGUAGUGUCAUUUAUGAACUUUUAAUGGGUAUCGAUUUCUUAAUAAAAUCAAAUGAUUCAACACCUCUGGUAAGAAGAUCAACACUUCAUCUACUAAGAUCUAUUAUUCAAUCGACUGAUACACAAAUAUUACUAGGAACAGUUAUUCCUAUUGAUAUUUUAACUAAAAUUUAUCGUCAAUUGAAGAUUAUUUACCAAUCUGAUGAAGACGACAUAGUAAAACUUCAUGCACAAUUAAUUCUUAUUGAUAUUAAUGAAAGUAUUAAAGAUAGCAUUAAUGAAAUCGAAAGCACUGAUUUACCAAAAAUUAUGUUGUAA